AGCGCUCCCUGGCCGCCAUGUCUACCACCAUCAAGCAGGAGUUCAAAGAGCUGGAUGCUCAGUCUCACUGGCAGCAACUAUACUUGGAAAUUCGAAAUAAGUCUCAUGACUAUCCUCAUAGAGUGGCCAAGUUUCCAGAAAACAGAGAUCGAAACAGAUACCGAGAUGUAAGCCCAUAUGAUCAUAGUCGUGUUAAACUGCAAAGUACUGAAAAUGAUUAUAUUAAUGGCAGCUUAAUUGACAUAGAAGAAGCACGAAGGAGUUAUAUCUUAACACAGGGUCCACUUCCUAACACAUGUUGUCACUUCUGGCUCAUGGUUUGGCAGCAGAAGACCAAAGCAGUUGUCAUGCUAAACCAAAUUGUGUAGAAAGAAUCUGUUAAAUGUGUACAAUACUGGCCAAUAGAUGACCGAGAGAUGCUGUUUGAAGAAACUGGAUUUAGUGUGAAGCUCCUGCCUGAAGAUGUGAAGUCAUACUAUACAGUACAUCUAUUACAAUUAGAAAAUAUCAAUAGUGGUGAAUCCAGAACAAUAUCUCACUUUCAUUAUACUACCUGGCCAGAUUUUGGAGUUCCUGAAUCACUAGCUUCAUUUCUUAAUUUCUUGAUUAAAGUGAGAGAAUCUGGCUCCUUGAGCCCUGACCACGGGCCUGCAGUGAUCCACUGUAGUGCAGGCAUAGGGCACUCUGGCACCUUCUCUCUAGUAGACACAUGUCUUGUUCUGAUGGGAAAAGGAGAUGAUAUUAACAUUAAACAAGUGUUACUGAAUAUGAGAAAAUACCGAAUGGGACUUAUUCAGACACCAGAUCAACUCAGAUUCUCUUAUAUGGCCAUUAUAGAAGGAGCAAAGUGUAUAAAGGGAGAUUCAAAUAUACAGAAACAGUGGAAAGAACUUUCUAAAGAAGACUUAAGUCCUGCUUUCGAUCAUUCACAGAACAAAAUAAUCAUUGAAAAGUAUAAUGGGAACAGACAAGGUCUAGAAGAAGAGAAACUGACAGGUGACCGGUGUACAGGACUGUCCUCUAAAAUGCAAGAUACUGUGGAGGAAAACAGCGAGAGUGUUCUACGGAAACGUAUUCGAGAGGACUGAAAGGCUACCACAACUCAGAAGGUGCAGCAGAUGAAACAGAGGCUAAAUGAGACUGAACGAAAAAGAAAAAGGCCAAGAUUGACAGACACCUAAAUAUUCAUGACUUGAGAAUAUUCUGCAGCUAUAAAUUUUGAACCUUUGAUGCGCAAAGCAAGACCUGAAGCC